AUGUACAAAGAGUAUCAAAUCGGACGAGAGAAAAGUACACCUACAGACCGCGCCCCUCGCUUUCCAGGCGGCGGCAAAGCGGCGGCCUUUUGCAUACCCCAGGUUAUGGCUUACGUGAGGAGCAGGGUAUAUAGACUACAAAUAGUAGAGAUACGCUUCGCGAUGAGACUAUUUUCUUCUUACGUUCAAUCUCCCGCCCACCAGGCAACUAUAGAAUCAGUUAGGAAUAGUCCCACAAAAUGGAUCUCGGGAAGUGAAGUUCAAGCAUUAGCAACAAAAUCUGGAUCCAAUAUUAUCAAGAAACUGUUCAAGCUGGGAUAUGCGACCCUUCCACACGGUAGCGAAAAGCAUGUUACUCCAGAAGAUAAACCCAGAUGCCUGCGCUCAGUCUAACUUUUCCACACGCUAAGCGUCUCUCGGUUGUCGAAAAAAACUCAGAGACCGUCGACAAACGUACAGCUUUAUAGUUUCGAUAGUUUGUUAUCUGGUGUGUUUCGGUUAAGUCUCUAUGUGGGAUAUAAUUAAAAAACAGUGAUACAAACAUUUAACUAUGGUGUACUGUACGGUGGUGGGUAGUUCUAGCUACAACAACAAUAAAAGCAAAGAAGUUUCAAAUUGGCAUUUCUUCAGUUUUCCAAAGAACAAAGAAGCUUGUAAACAAUGGGUCCUGAAGUUUUAUCAGCAAGUUUUAUCACAAAG